AUGUCCCCCAGCAAAGUCUCAAACCCAACCCCAGACACCCUCGACCCAAUCUCCACAUGGCGCGCCUGGCAGACCCUCACAAUAAUCUACACAAUCCUCCUAAACCGCCAGAUCCGCCGACGCUGGCUCCUCGAACAAAAAAGCAUGCAAAACAAACCAAUCUGCGAACGCUUUCAGCCCUUAAUCUUCCUCGAGCCAGUGCCAACCCUUCAAAAGCCCAACACAACCCCAACACCAUCCAAAAACGCAACCAACAACCCCUUCAACACAACCACAAUGAACAAACUACGCACAAAAGCCGCUCUCCUCCGCGCGCGUGUCGAAAAGGGCAAGGAACUCGCCUCCGAGAUCGAGCGUCGCAUGGUUCAGAACCCGCCUAUUAGGUUUCCGACGCAUUUCUGUCAUACUUGUGUCCAGGACGGGGAGAGGGUUGAGGUUUUGCUUACGAAGUGUGGACAUCGAGUUUGUAGGACUUGUCUUGAGUAUGGAGUUGAUGGGGAUGGGGUUUAUGAGUGUAGUAUUUGUUUUGCGCCUACGGGAUUUGUGGCGCGGAGUCCGCUGGCUUCGGGGAAGGUUUCUGCAAUUUUGAAGGAGGUGGAUGAGAAUGGGGAGGAUACGGAUGGGGAGUGGGAAUUGAGUGAUGUUUUGCUUGCUGGUUGUUAA